CGUACCGAUGACGUUUUUUUUCAGUGAUCCACUGCUCCGGAAGUACUCUCGCUUGACCUAUCCGGGACUUUCCGCCGUUCUUUUGUGUCCCCUUCUCCUAACCAAACGAGCUCCUUCAAAGUAUUCUCAUCGGAAUGUGACAAAAUACGACUGAGGAAGGCCAACGUAAUCAAAAACAUCAAGCCAAAGAGUAGAGACGUGGAUGACGAGGAGAGGAAAUCCAGGCCACGACGAGCGACUGAAACACAAAAUGAGGUGUCCUGCAGACGUCACUAUUAAAGAGCUUCACCCUCAGAAACAAGAUCCCCUCCACGUUAAACAGGAGGAGUCGGAGACACCGUGCAUCAAACAGGAGGCGGAGCCAGAGACUCCCAGCAUUAAAGAAGAACACGAAGAUGAAAUCCCCAAGUUUCCAAUGACUGUCAGUGUGAAGAGUGAAGACGACGAAGGACCGAAACCUUUGAGUGACAGCUCAUUUCAACACCUGACAACAAAAGGAGAGGGACGAUCGCAACAUGACGGUUUGUUAGCACCACUCUCGGACAGUGACGUCGAAACGUCACACUCUUCUGAUUUUAACACUGAUGAAGACGAUAAAGACUUUGACCCAAAUGCAUCAAAAUCCUUAAAUAAGUCAUUGAAAAGAGACACAAAAGCGGUUGGGAAACCUUUUACCUGUUCACUUUGUGAUAAAACAUUUUCUUGGAAACAUCACUUAAAAAGACACAUGCAUACACACACCGGGGAGAAGCCUUUCGUCUGCACGUCUUGUGGUAAACGAUUUGCUGAGAAGGGAAGUUUAAAAAAACAUACAAUGACACACACUGGAGAAAAACCUUUUCCCUGCGCAAUUUGCCAUAAAAGAUUCUCGCGGAAAGCACUACUAAACCGUCACAUUAAAACACACACUGGAGAGAAGCGUUUUGUCUGCUCACUUUGUGAUAAAAAAUACUUAACAAAGGCAGAGUUAAGCAUUCACAUAAGAACACACAAUGGAGGGAAGCCUUUUGCCUGCUCUCUUUGCCAUAAAAGAUUUCGUCGUAAGCAGCAGAUAACAAUACACAUGCGUACACACACCGGGGAGAAGCCCUUUGUCUGCACAUUUUGUGGUAAACAAUUUGCCGAGAAGGGAAGUUUAAAUAAACACACAAUGACACACACUGGAGAAAAGCCAUUUUCCUGCUCUGUUUGCCAAAAAAGAUUCUCUCUGAAAAUACUACUAAACUCUCACACAAGAACACACACUGGAGAAAAGCCUUUUGUCUGCACAGCUUGUGGUAAACGAUUCACUGAGAAGGGAAGUUUAAACAAACACACAAAGACGCACACUGGGGAGAAGCCUUUUGUAUGCACUUUUUGUGGUAAACAAUUCGCUGAGAAAGGAAGUUUAAACAAACACAAAAUGACACACACUGGAGAAAAGCCAUUUUCCUGCUCUGUUUGUCAAAAACGAUUCUCUCUGAAAAUAUUACUAAAUUCUCACACUCGAACACACACUGGAGAAACCCCUUUUGUCUGCACAGCUUGUGGUAAACGAUUCACUGAGAAGGGAAGUUUAAACAGGCACACAAGAACACACAAUGAAGAGAAGCCUUUCACCUGCUCUCUUUGCGAUAAAAGAUACACCCGGAAGGAAUAUUUAAACAAUCACGCCAAAAUACACACCUAAUUUAACCCUUUAAGGUCUGGGCCUAUUUUGUCUGAUUUUGCAUGCCUUUGAAGUUGCCUUUAUAUUUCAAAGAAAGAAUUGGUUACGAUGGCCUGGUUUGGUCCCUUUUUUUGUGACACCUUGAACUUCAUGUCCAAACUGUUGUUUCCUUCACUGACCAAUUGUAAAUCAUCAUUUUGGGCCCCAAAAGACCAAAAAUUCCAAAAUCGUUUUGUCAAAAUUUUUAAUAUUGAUGUCCAAUUGACAACCAAACAUGCGUAACGAACCGUUUUGAAACUUUGUAAUAUUUAUUCAACAUGUUAGGAUGAACAUUCAACCAAAAAAAUUUAGAAUAAAUAGUCUUAUAUUUGACAAUUCAACAUAAACAACAGGUAUAGCCAUAGGCGUUUUUUGCCUGUAUACAUGCUCUAGUCAAAACAGGUUAUAUACAGCAGACCGAACAGUGAAGAACAGUGAAAAUAUAUACCAUCUAACACAAAAAGUGUUUAGAGGCCAUCUCUUUAUGAGUUUAGGUAUUGCGGCCCGUCACCUGAUGAAAACUAUGUACACACAAUCAAGCUUCUUAAACACACAUUUAUAUACACAAAUUGAGAAGACUGAUUGUGGGGAAAAAAAUAUGUAUAUAACAUUGGGGAAAAAAGUAUAUUCAAAAAUAUUUACAAUAAACAAGUUAAAAUUUUUUCAGGCAUGCCACUCCGAAAAGCAGUUUCGUUCUGGAAUUAGACACAGGGCUACAUCACACAGCCCACACUUCCAUGGGGUGUCGGUCCUCUUUCCACCCUUCCAUUUUCAUUUCACUUUACUUUCAUUGUCACUAUAAAUGUACAUGAAGAAAAAAGUCAGUAUUUAUGAAAAUAAUAAAGUAUAAAAUAAAAAUAUAUACAGCAAUAAAUAAUAAUGGAAAUCUAUAUGUAUGACAAUAGAAAGAAUACCACAGCUGAAUAUGUGCUACAUCCCUAAUCUUCAUAUAGAAAGAAGACCACACAUUAUACUUUGAUCUGAUAUGCACAUUUUAUUAUUAUAUACACAAACACACACUUAUAUUGCAUCAAAAUUAACUUUGUCUUGCAAUAUCAAAAGAAACUUUCAAAAGAAACUUUUUCAGCAUUAAAAAAAAAGUGAGUUGGCUUACCUCUGCUCGUCGAUGGCGUCACCCACGUGUUCAAAUCCGUCACUAUCUUCACUCAAGGACUCUUCCGAAGAAGACGAUGAUGACGAAUUUGGACCAUCCUCUUCCUCAAGUUGAUCAAAAAGCACAAUUGCUUGCGCUAAAUUUAGUUUUCCGUUCAUUCUCAAAGUCACACAAAGUCGCUCGCUCGCUCGUUUCAAACGGCCGUCGCUCGCCCCCUCGCUGCUUCAGAACACUCCUCCCUCUCGUUCGGUGGAACCUCGCACGGCAGUUAUAUUUAUAUUAAAAAAAAAAAAAAAAACGCAUUUUGUGCUUCCACUGUGACUUCGAAAGGGUUCGUUUGAUUUGUGUUUUUUUCAUGGAGCUUCCGUUUUGAAAAAGGGCAAGAAAUGAUGGAAAUAUAGACAUAAACAAAUGAUCCAUGCAGCGUUUUAAUGUUUUUUUGAGAGGACAAUAAAACUAUAAAACUUAAAUGACAAUAUCUCACGUUUUAGUUGGUCGAUUGACUUCAAAUAACAACGAGAGUAAACCGCAACUUCCGCACUUUAAAAUGAGACCAACCAACGGCAUGUGGGUGACGUAAUUAAAACGUGAGGGUGCUUCAAAGGGUGCGCUGAAGACGCGCCGGCGCGUCCUUCGACUCUCAAGGGUUAAUUACGGCUUAUUGCUUUUCACAAUUUUACUUCUGAAUUAUCGCCAUGUUGAAAUAUAGUGAUCAUGUGAAGAAUGGGCGAAGUUUUUUAAUUGGGAUCAAUCACAUACUGUCCAUAAUUAACUUACGAUUAGUGGCAUUUUUUAAAUGCAAAAAUUAUAUAAUUUGAUUAUUAAAUACACCUACAGGUAGUCCCCAGGUUACGAACAAGUUCCGUUCCUACGCUGGCGACGUAAUCCGGAUUUCCGCGUAAGUCGAAAUUAACCCUUUAAGUACCCCUAAAUUAUCAAAAAACUUCAAAAGUAUUUUGUUUAAUUAUUGAAGAUAUGCUGCCCUCUGCUGGUAGCGUUGGGUCUGGCUGGACUGUCGUCUGUAUGACUGAGCAGACUCAGACUUCUGUCAUGGGUAAAUGUUAGCUUCGUUCUGCUUUGGCCCACCUAAAGCUGUAAGUUGUUUCAGCUAAUAUAUGUUUAUGUAUGCAUUUGUAAUUAAGUUCAGAUCUACAGUUGGUGGUGUUAUGUGUAGGGUUGGGCAUCGAGCAUUAAGCACCGAUGGGACCCGGUUCUAACACUCCAGUUCUCCCGGAAACGCUCGAUUCCAUAUUUCAAUGCCCUGACCGCCGAGCAGGAAAAAAAAUUCUGCCGAAAACCCCAAAGAAAAAGCCACAAAAGCGCGUGUUUGUGCAUUGCAUCUUGAUUACAGACAUGGUCACGGUGGGGCGGUGCUUAAAGAUUAUAACAAAAAAAAGACCAAUAAGCUCAGUAAAACAUUUGCAAUGCAACCAUAUCAUGCAAAGGUGGCUGCACCAUCAAUUAUGCACGAUUUGCUUCAUGGAAUAUAGCCCAGGUGCAAAGCUAGCCGAGUACUACGUAGAUGACACACUGUGCCAUCAGAAUCGGGUAAGUAAAAAAAAUACAUUACGUCUGUCUUCUGCUGUUCCCACGAUCCGACCCCAGAUUAAGCAGUAGUAUGCGAGCAAUAGUAUGAGAAUAAGUCGUAUUAUUACAUCUGGCUAUAGUCGAUAUCAUGUAUAUAGAACUAGAUGCAAAAUGACACUCGACGGCGUUAGAACAUAUAAAGAGCAAUAGAUGCAAAAUGACAGAUUCACUGGCGUUGGUAAAAAGCCGCAAUCUUAAAGCAAUAGACGCCUCCAUUAAAAUCAACAGUAAUAAAAGGAUUUUUGUUUUGGAAUCUGUUGUUGUUUAUUUAGAAAGAAGCAGCUAUAUGAAGCAUUUGAUUACUUUUUUAAUGAACUCUUAGCAGUGAAUACAUAGCAUCACAUCACAAAGUAUCCUAGCCAGACGCUCCCAUCUCUUCUUCUCCACAUUAUACGUACAUACUCCUACAGCGCCACUCACUGGCCUAACUGGUAUUGUCACAACAUGAACAUUGCAUGUGUCUGUAAACACAGCAGAAUCGGAAUUACAAAUCAGGAAAUAUUAGUUUGCCUCAUCUACAUCAAAUUAUAAUCAAUAUAAGAAUUUAUACUAAUGCUUCGUUGUAGCUCCCAGCUAAGGUACAUGUAUGGCAAAAGAAUUUAAGUAAAUGUUUUCUCCGUGAGCUUUUGCAAAAUAAACGUCUUUGUGAAAGUGCACUCCUGUGGAAAGAAACUUCAUCACAUUUGAGUUCAAAGACCGAUAUACAGGUUAAAAAUAACCCUGUGACAAGUUCAUAUAAUUUAUAAUUUAAUAUUGAUUGUAUUAAUAAAUAAUCAUAAAUAAUAAUACAUCUUAAAUUCAUAUAAAUAAUCAUACAUUUUCAUAUAAUUAAAAAAAAUCGAAGUUAAGACAUUAAUAUUAACUAAUACAUUUUUAAACUAGAGAUUUUUUGACCCUGCCUUUUUUUUUUUUUUUUUUUUUUGACCCUGCCUCUUAAAAGAAUCUGAAUCGAAAAUUAUUCGGAACCGGAAUUGAAACCUGGAAUCGGAAUCGUUCAAUUUCAAACGAUGCCCAACCCCAGUUACGUGUGAGUGAUUUGAUAUGAGAGUAGCGUACCGCACGUAACACGUCACCUUUGCUCAUCAAUAUCAGGAUCGUUAUCAGGCUCCUGAAGCGCUUGCUGAUGAGCUGAUCAUUUGAUACAGGUGUGUUAAAGGAGGGAGACAUGGAAAACAAGCUGGAUUGGGGCUCUCGAGGACCGGACUUGGAGACCCCUGAUUCACAGUUAACUGUAUCUGUGCGUCGCAGUAAUAAAUG